AUGGAGGGAAAGCCAUUUGCUCGUGUUUUCCAAGACAUUGAGCCACCAGAAGAAUGGGUACGAGAGCAAGCAUCUGACGCUUUCCUCGUCCAUCUGUCGGGAUAUAAAAAGGAGAAUCUGAAGAUCCAAGUAACCUCAGCUCGAUACAUAAGGGUGCUUGGUGAACGCCCACUUGAUGGCAACAAAUGGGAGCGCUUCCGCAAGGAAUUCCCAAUUCCCUCAAACUGUGAUCCCAAUGACAUUUCUGCCAAAUUUGAGAACGGCGUUCUUUCUGUCAAGCUCCCCAAAAUGAUAGCUCCAGCAGCAGUUAAUACAAACGUACCAAAACCCCCCACCACAGAAGCCCCAAAGCCACCCACCAAAGAAGCUCCAAAGCCACCCACCAAAGAAGCUCCAAAGCCACCCACCCAAGAAGCUCCGAAGCCACCCACCCAAGAAGCACCAAAGCCACCCGCCACGGAAGCUCCAAAGCUUCCUAAACCCAUGAGCACCGGUGGGCCGCAGCCUCAAAUGACUGGUGCUAAUAACCAAGAGCAGAUCAAGAAAAGCAACGAAGCAACUUCACAGGGGAAAAAUAGUAAUUACGCGCCUCCGCAGACUACGGAAAAGGAACCAAGUAGGGUGAGUAAGAGUAGCAACCAAGUGGAAGCUGAGGCUAGCAAUGCUGCUCAGAAAACAAUGCACAAGGACAAGAGUGGUGAUGGGUUGGACAAGACUGCUGCUAAAAACACCAAAAAACUUGAUGAAGAUCGCGGGAAAAAAGUUGAGGAUUCGACAAAGGAGGAGCUUAGAAGAGCCAUAUUUGGGCAUCCUGAGGACAAUGCUGGUGUUGAGAAGUGCUCUUUUAGCUGUAACUAUAAGCAGGUGGUGGAUGGGCUGGUUAUGGAGAUGAAGCAGCAGCCAGGGAAAGUGGUGAAAUUUGGUUUAGCAUUUUUAUUUGUUCUGGUACUUUGGUUCUAUGUCAAGCAUACAAUCAAAUCAAUUCAGGAAAUUAAACGCCAAGAGCUGUAA